AUGGCUAAUUCUGCUCGUCUUCUCGUUUUACCUCUCUUCAUUGCACUGUCACUUUCAUGCAUGAAUGUAGCUCAAGGGGCGGGGACGGCUCGCCGUCUCUUGCAGGAAACGACGACGACCCCACCAAUAUUUCCAAAUUUGCCUCCCUUUCGUGGCUUCCAGUUUCCUCCUUACAGCGGACCUUACCCGGAAUAUAGGUUGCCGCCAUUUCCAGGUAUUUCGAACGUCCCUCCUUCAGCACCUGGCUUUCCUGGCUCUUCAGCACCUGGCUUUCCUGGCUCUUCAGCAUCUGGCUUUCCUGGUUUCCCUUCGUUCCCUGCUCCACCAACAUUGCCCAACACUACCCCUUGA